GCCGGCUCAGCCCAGGGCCAGGGAACCGCGUGCGCCGAGCUGCCGGGGUGCUGCGCCGCGCCGGGUCGGGGGCUGCGCGCCCGCGGCCUUAGUUUCCCCCGCUGGAAAUCGCGCGCCUGCGUCGGCACCGCAGAGGCUCUCCCUGCCCGGGAGCCUCUCGGAUUUGCUGAGGGGAGCAGGGGCGGGCCGGAGGGGCUCCCCUCUCCUCCUCUCCCCACCCCUCCGCUCCCUCCUUGUGCGCCCUUCCCUCCCUUCCCUGCGCGGGCGCCGCCUCCCGCCCGGUGCGCUCGGCUGUGCUCGGCUCCACGGCGCGGGCUCCGCGGCUGGCGCCUCCGGGUCAGCUUGGAAUCCCUGCCGCCGUGCCAUGCCAGGCCCUGGACACCACGCCACUUGCCCAGCCACCGCGCCCAGGUGGCCAUGAUCGGCCACAGCCGCAAUGGCAGUGCGGGGUGGCCGCUGGGUAGCGGGCCCGGUAUGCUGGGCCGCGACCCCCUGGACCCCGAAGCUGGUCGCCCUGAGCAGCCCCUGCAUGGCCCUGGGCUGCAGGUGCUGUUGGCCAAGAGCGAGCCUGCCCGCCUGUCCCCUGGCAGUCUCCGUGGGCAGCCCCAGGACCAAUCAGAGGAGGAGGACGAGGAUGAGGAGGAUGAGGCUGACCGCCCGAGGGCCAGGGCCCGGCCACCCACUGUGGGCCACCGGCUGGGGCACCGGCGGGCACUGUUCGAGAAGCGGAAGCGGCUCAGCGACUAUGCACUCAUCUUCGGCAUGUUUGGCAUUGUCGUCAUGGUGACAGAGACAGAGCUGUCCUGGGGUGUCUACACCAAGGCAUCCCUGUACUCCUUUGCCCUGAAAUGCCUCAUCAGCCUGUCCACAGUCAUCCUGCUGGGCCUUGUUGUGCUGUACCACGCCCGGGAGAUCCAGCUCUUCAUGGCUGACAACGGCGCGGACGACUGGCGCAUCGCCAUGACCCGCGAGCGAAUCCUGCUCAUCUCGCUGGAGCUGGCAGUGUGUGCCAUCCACCCGGUGCCCGGCCACUACCGCUUCACCUGGACGGCGCGACUGGCCUUCACGUACGCGCCGUCGGUGGCCGAGGCCGACGUGGACGUGCUGCUGUCCAUCCCCAUGUUCCUGCGCCUCUACCUGCUGGGCCGCGUUCUGCUGCUGCACAGCAAGAUCUUCACGGACGCGUCGUCGCGCAGCAUCGGCGCGCUCAACAAGAUCACCUUCAACACGCGCUUCGUCAUGAAGACGCUCAUGACCAUCUGCCCCGGCACCGUGCUGCUGGUCUUCAGCAUCUCCUCCUGGGUCAUCGCCGCCUGGACCGUGCGUGUGUGCGAGAGGUACCAUGACAAGCAGGAGGUGACUAGCAACUUCCUGGGGGCCAUGUGGCUCAUCUCCAUCACCUUCCUGUCCAUCGGCUAUGGAGACAUGGUGCCACACACCUACUGCGGGAAGGGUGUGUGCCUGCUGACUGGCAUCAUGGGAGCUGGCUGCACCGCGCUAGUGGUGGCUGUGGUGGCCCGGAAGCUGGAGCUCACCAAGGCCGAGAAGCAUGUGCACAACUUCAUGAUGGACACACAGCUCACCAAGCGGGUAAAAAAUGCGGCUGCUAAUGUUCUCAGGGAGACAUGGCUUAUCUACAAACACACCAGGCUGGUAAAGAAGCCAGACCAAGCUCGGGUUCGGAAACACCAGCGUAAGUUCCUCCAAGCCAUCCAUCAGCUCCGCAGCGUGAAGAUCGAGCAGGGGAGGCUGAACGACCAGGCCAACUCGCUGGCCGACCUGGCCAAGACCCAGGGCAUCAUGUACGAACUGCUGUCAGAGCUGCAUGGCCAGCACGAGGAGCUGGAGGCCCGCCUGGCCAUGCUCGAGGCCCGCCUGGACUCAUUGGGCGCCUCCCUGCAGGCGCUGCCUGGCCUUGUCGCCCAAGCCACGCGGCCACUGUCACCCCGGCCCGGACCUGGUCCUGGCCCAGCAGCCCUGAGCCCACCCCAUCGCUGGCUGCCCACUGGCCCCUCAGACUGCGGCUGACCCCUGCCCACCUGGACCCCAAUCUUGGCCAUCGUGUGGCUGGCAGCCCGGACUGCACCCCUGGGGCUUGAGACGCAGGAGCUGGGCCCCAGGACCACUGGGCAUCUUCUGGCCACCAGCCUGGGACUGUGCCCAGUAGCAGCUGGGAGCGUUCUCACCCGUCCAUGGAGACUCAGGGCCCACACACUUUGGCUUGGCCCUUGCACUGGGCCCGAGGGACACCAGUUCCCAGACCUCACUCACCCACAGCCAUGCCGGGCCAUGCGGUUGGGGACAGCUCUUUGGAGCCAUCAAUGCCAGCCCUAUCUGCAGCCACCCGGCCAAGGACAGGGCCAGGUGCUGGGCGAAGGAGGCAGCAGAUGUCGGAUGCUGGGCCCUGGCCAGUGCAGGCGGUGCCGUGGGCAAGGGGUCCAUGGGCCACUGCACUCAAGUUUGGCAUCCAGUGUUUGAAGGCUUGGGGUGUAAAUUCCAAGGGCAGGGUGGUGGCGAGAGGGAAACUCAGGCUUAGAAGGCCAAACACGUGCCCAAGGCCAGGCGGUGAGUGCAGAGGGAUGCAACGAGCCAUACUUAAUUCCAACUGGGGCCCAGAGGCAGACCUCUGACUGGGCACGGUGGCACACACUUGUAAUCUCAGCACCUGAGAGGCUGAGGCAGGAGGAUCGCCACAAAUUGGAGGCCAGCCUGGGCUACAUGGGGAGCCUCUGUCUCAAAAAAUAAAUAAAUAAAAGUCAAUGAAACAACA